UGAUCAUACAAAUAAAUUUCACAAAAGAUGGGUUCACAAGAAAAUAUUACCUGGGAUGUUGAAGAAGCUGGAGAGAUCAGGGUUUCAAGCAGGGAGCAUCAUUACCGGUCGGCACAGACCUUAUCGGCUUCAUUGUUGCGAACGAAGUCCGACCCUGAGCUUGUUAACAAAGUUCGGUUUCGGUGUCUGAAGAAUUUUGUAGCUAAUUUGCAACAAGUGAUAUUUGGAACCAAGCUUAUUGUGUUAUUUCCGGCAAUCCCUGCUGCAAUUGCUGCCGAAUCUUAUAAUUUAGGAAGACCUUGGAUAUUUGCUCUGAGCUUACUUGGACUCGCUCUACUUGCUGAACGUAUUAGCUUUGUGACUGAGCAAGUUUCAUUCUACACUGGUCCAACAGUGGGGGGACUUUUGAACGCGACCUGUGGUAAUGCAACAGAGCUGAUUAUUGCUUUAUUAGCAAUACGCCAAGGGAAAAUUGAUGUGCUAAAGUAUUCACUUUAUGGUUCUGUUCUAUCGAACCUUCUGCUUGUUCUUGGAAGCUCCCUUUUAUGUGGAGGAUUGGCAAACCUAUACAAAGAGCAGAAAUAUGACCGAAAGCAGGCUGAUGUGAAUUCAUUGCUUUUGUUUCUGGGAUUGAUUUGCCAUCUGCUGCCAUUGAUGUUCAAGUAUGCUAUAAAGCCGUCUAGUGAUCUAGUGCAGGGAUCAAUUCUUCAGUUGUCUAGAGCAAGCAGCAUUGUUAUGCUUAUAGCAUAUGUUGCAUAUCUCGUUUUCCAGUUAAAGACUCAUCACCAGUUGUUUGAAGCACAGGAGGAAGACGAAGGUAACAAGGAAACAGAAGAGAAGCCUGAGAUAGGAAUCUCAAGCGGACUCGUUUGGUUGGUUGGUAUGACAAUUACAAUUGCUCUGCUAUCAGAGUAUGUUGUGGGUACCAUAGAGGAUGCAUCAACUUCUUGGGGUAUUUCUGUAAGCUUUAUCAGCAUUAUAUUGCUCCCGAUAGUUGGAAAUGCAGCAGAACACGCUGGAUCAGUCAUAUUUGCAUUCAAGAACAAGCUGGAUAUAUCUUUAGGUGUUUCUCUGGGGUCUGCUACACAAAUUUCAAUGUUUGUGAUUCCCCUAUGUGUGCUUGUCGGGUGGAUCAUGGGCAUCUCAAUUGAUCUUGAUUUUGGACUCCUCCAAACUGGUUCGCUUGCACUUGCAAUUCUCUUGACAGCCUUCACAUUACAGGAUGGGACUUCACAUUACCUGAAAGGAGCGGUUCUUUGUCUUGCUUAUAUAGUAGUUGCUGCUUGUUUUUUUGUUCAGAAACUUCCUACAAGCAAUCAUAUAGCUAGCAGGAACUCGGCGUAAUCUUCAAGCCUGAACAUCUACAGAUGCAGAGAGGACCGUGCCGCGAAAGAUCAACAAAUAAAACUGGAGUAGAGCCUGGUGAGACAUGCUGAGAUCAAGAGGCAUUAGUUGAUGUUGUACAAUUUUUUUAUUUUCAUUUUCGUUUCUUCUUUGUGUUGGUUUUUAGCUACUGCGGGUUGUUUUAUAAAUUACAGAGAUGAAUAAAGAUGUGUAUU